AUGUCGGACCGGGUGGCGCCCCUCGGCUUCGUGUCGGUGGCGUGCGGCGCCUUCUUCUCGCAGAUACGCGAGGAGACCCACACACAGCUGCCCCUACUGGACCGCACAGAGUCCACCCAAGCGUCCGAGACGUCCGCAGACGAAAAUAGCGGAGAUGGGGGCAGAAAUUCUCCAUCAGGUGGCGACAAAUUGUUCUUUUUGGAUGAGAUUGACGUAGAAAACCCAUUUAGAGACGUCCAGCAGCCGCGAAAGCUAAGUGAAAAGCCCCAUAACGGGAUGGAGACGCGUAUUAUCGUGCCACCUCGCAGUGGUGUCAAGUCCUCCUUGUCUGUGGGUAGCGGCCAGCUGGCAGCUUCGAGUGGAGACACUGGGAGUUUGUCCGUGAAGCUCUCGUUGAACAAGAAGCGACCUCUGCAAGUGAAGAGCGAAGAAGCGCAAGACGAGGCUAAAUUGACAGACCAGUGGGAUCUCGACACGUUCAUGGCGAGCUCAAGGUCAGCUCUCAAGCAGGCAGAAGUGGAGCUCAAAUUCCAAUUAUUGUGGAGCGAGAAGUUCGCGGCAGGACAAUCGCACUCCAUGAUAACGUUUGACAGAGACAUGGAAGCUUCAGACGAUACGCCGCGCUUAACGGGAGGUGGGAGACCUUGCUGUUCCCUUCCUGGAUGUACGAAACAAGCUCAGACUAAGGGCAAGUGUAUCGCUCAUGGAGGAGUCCGGGGAUGCAAGGUGGAUGGGUGCACUGCUACUGCAAAGUGGCGCAGUCUGUGUACGGAGCAUGGCGGUCGACGUACGUGCUUGAAGGUUGGCUGCGAGAAACUGGCAUUAAGUGGUGGGAAAUGUCUUCAACAUGGCGGCGGGGGAGGGAAAACGUGUUCGUUCCCGGACUGUGUGACGAGACCGCAACGACGAGAUUUGUGUGCUGCUCAUGGCGGCUUUAUUGUGUGCAAGACCGAGGGUUGCGAGCGUAGAGCUGCCAGUAAAGGACAGUGUUCUCGUCACGCUAUUGUGAAAAAGUGUAAGACGGACGGCUGUGAGAAAGCUGGGGCGAAUCGUGGCUACUGCUACAAACACGCAGUGGAGGCGGGAGUUAUAAAAGCCUCUCGAAAGCCGAAAUGUAAGGAGGAAGGGUGCUUAAAGAUCCAACUUCGACAAGGCUACUGCUCCCGACAUGCCCAAGAACGAGGUAUCAGUGUCGGUCGUACGUGUAAAGCCGAAGGGUGUAGCAAGGUGGCCCAGGCUGGAGGUUUCUGUGCGACACAUGGCGGUGGAACACGAUGUAAAAUUGCUGGAUGCAACAAGUCCACUGUGACCAAAGGAUUGUGCUCUACUCAUGGUGGCCGGAAGACGUGCAAGGUUGAAGGUUGCGAGAAGUGGGGGCUCGCUACUGGGUCUUUAAAAGGUUAUUGUGUUGAACACGGCGGUGGCGAUCGCUGCAAGCAUCCAGGAUGCACCAAGAGUGUGCAAUACAAUGGCUUGUGCUGCACGCAUGGCGGUAGACUGAAAUGCGAGGCCAAGGGUUGCAACAAGGCGGUCCGAGUGAAAGGAUUUUGUCCUGCACACCAUAGCAAAGAAUUAUAG